AUGAUGGAAGAAAUAGACAGAUUCCAAGUACCUCCAGUCAACGGAGAAACGCAGCCUUUGGACCCAACAGCAUCCUCCACCUCAGAAGCAGAUGCUGAUACCAGAGAAGGAGAGACUGUGGUCAUGAACUACAAGCCCUCACCAUUGCAAGUCCAGAUAGAUAAGCAGAGGGAUCUUGUCAGAAAGGGAUCAGUGAAAAACGGCACCGUGGGAAGCCCCGUCAACCAGCAGCCCAAAAAGAAUGCCCGCACAAGGUUGGUGGUGCCAAACAAAGGUUACUCCUCUUUGGACCAGAAUCCAGAUGAGAAGCCCUUGGUAGCCUUGGACACUGAUAGUGAUGAUGACUUCGACAUGUCUAGAUACUCCUCUUCAGGAUACUCCUCAGCUGAGCAGAUCAACCAGGACCUGAACAUCCAGCUCCUGAAAGAUGGGUACCGACUAGAUGAGAUCCCAGAUGAUGAGGACCUGGAUCUUAUUCCACCUAAAGCAGUCAACCCCACCUGCAUGUGCUGCCAGUCUGCCCCAUCCACAGCCUGUCAAAUCCAGUAACGAGGCCCACCCUAGAAUCUCUUCCCUGCUGCAAAACAGCAAGUAGCAAAACAUCACUCUGGAACAACUGUUGGCUGGCAGUGGCACAACAGGGGAGAAAAAAAGAUUCGAUGAAAAUGGAUGAAGUUUA